GGGUAUUAUCAGCAGUAUCCCGAACUCGUCUCUUGCCUCUUGGUGCGGAAAACAUCCAGUUCGCACCCACCGGAUCCUAUUCAUGGUGCAACGUGUAUGCCAUCGAUACACGGUGUAAGAUCCUGGCAGAGAUGAACGAAAGCAGUACCCAAUUACAAAAUUAUUUAGGGUAACUCUGAUAUGUCAAACAGGAAAGAGCAUCUCAAGCUAGUGGAAUGCCGGAGCAUGUGCAGUAACACCAAUGUGUAACGCAGGCAACUCCAGCCGCAUUGUAUAGUUAACUGAAACAGCCAAAGUCAGGCCGACCAAAGGGCAAAGUUUGGAUACUCUUGGGAAACCGACUGAUUUAGCAAAUCUUUAAUUUUUCUCAUAGAUCCAGUUGAACACCGUUAUUAUCCCAUUGCCAUCAGAGUGAGUGGGAGUAUGGCUUUCAGCACUGCAUUUUUUAGCAACACUACAUCGCGAUCCGCGACGGAAGUCUUGCGGCAAUCCAAUACCACUGCCAUUCCAUGGUGGAUUACGCACAACACCGACUUGUUUACCUGGGCCACCGUGACCUUCGCAUUUUACUUGCUAUGCGCUAUUAUUUAUCCCUUUCUCCCUUUUGUCUUAAUUCUGCUGAAAGAAUACCAGCGUCCGUCCGGAAUACUCAUUCUACAUCUCGUUUGUCUCGAAGCGUCUUUGGCGCUGGUAUUGGUGCCGUUACAGCUGGCGGGCAACUAUGUGGGCCAGUACAAUCUUUUUAAAUCGACAGACUGCGUUUACAGCAAGUUCAUUUUCCAAGUUGUUAUGCAGACCGCUAACUGGUCGCAACUGUUCCUGGGCAUCAACCGCCUGAUUGCUGCAACAUCACGGAAACUGUACAUGCUUUGUACCACCAAAGCCGCGCUCAGUAUGACCAUUGGGAUCAGCUGGUUAAUCGGCAUUAUUAAUACACUGCCCACGGUAUUGGAUAUUGAAGGGAAUUACAUCAUUGUACCACCGUGGAAUAACUGCGGUUUCCAGUCUAAACCGGGCACCCCGUUUAUGCGUUUCGUGAUUAUUGGGAUGUACAUUCCAUUACCUUGUACUGUGUUGGUGUACAUUGUUCUGUUAUGGCGAUUCCGCCGAAUGCGGGCGACCGUUGAGGGUGCACUGGCAACAAACGCCGCGCAGCAUAACUCGGUUUUCGAAGGCAACCGGAAGCGACGGAUUCGCAUCGGGCGAAUGCUGUUCGCCGCCACCAUGUGGUACUGCGUGUGUUACUGUACCCUGACGCUCAUGGGGGCUUUUAUGCGGCCGUCGUAUCAAAAGGAACAUGCCCUGUUGUGGGGACAGACGCUGUAUUUUGCGGCAUACUCGAUGACACCGGUCGUUUUUUUCGCCAUGAACCGGGAGUACCGCGCCAAACUGGUUCAGGUCCUCAAGUGUGUUAGGAAUUCCAUUUUAAUCUGAAGUGCACGUAAUGAUGCACCACACUGCUUUAUUUUGCACCUG